AUGCCUAGGAAGUCAUCAAUCCUUUACCAAAAUCCACAGCAGACGGCAUUUUUGAUCGAUGUGCCGGCAUCAAUAGAAUGGGCCCAGCUCCCAUCGUUGUCACCACGCAACGAUCAUGAUAACAGCUACAGACAACUGCUUUCUUCGAAGCCUCUGGAAAAGCCCUACCCAUCUCCACCGGAACCAAAGAGUCAAGCAGCCCGUGCUCGCUUGUUGGCUCGAAUUCCGCAAUCGGAGAUCCUAUUCCAUGAAAAUAUCGCCCCUUUCAUUCGGGGUGGCCUUGAUGGGAUCAAGAAUGGAUUUCAAGGGGUGAAUUGGUGUAAGCCUCGGAGAAUACACUCUGUUGAUCGCGGUGAUAAUGAGGAGGGCUAUAUUAAACCUAAGGGGCUGUUACGUGAACAGAAAGGGCCAGUGCCAUCACCGCCACCAAGGAAGAGAAUGAAACAGGUCAAAAACAGCUAUGAUGAGAGGAAUCUAGUGGAUUUCGUCGAAAACACGACGCAACAGCAGCCGCCGUUGAUACUAUCACCGUCAGGAGCGAAUGAGUUUUUGGGGUUAUCAGAAGUACGUGGUGUUCAGGUCAAGAAUCCAUCGCAUCUGGAGCCGGCCAUUAUUCAAUUCAGAGAAUCUGACACAGGAGAUGAAAGAAUGAACUAUGCCAUCCCUCCUGGAUCCUCCUUUGUCCUGGAUACUAUAUCAUCAACUACCAAUCAAACAUACGCACACCUCGACAUCUCACCCGUUAUUCCUGGAUUACGACCCUUAGACAAGUUUAAUUUCCUUCUCUUCGAUCCCCCGUGGCCAAAUCGCUCUGUGCGGCGUUCUUCACAGUAUCCCACUCACGGAUACUUGGAGAUAGACUCCCUAAUUACUAUCGUGCAACGGACCAUCCUCACACAUCUCAAUUUCAGUGACGAGACCAAUGAGGCGAUUGUAGGUAUCUGGACUACUAACAAUGCAAAAUCACGGCAGGCCGCAUACACAGCCUUUGAGAACACAGACCUCGAGGUCUGUGAGAUAUGGAUAUGGAUCAAGACUACUGAGGGUGGAGAGCUUGUGUCGCCGCUGGAUGGGCUGUGGCGCAAACCAUAUGAAGUUUUAUUUCUUGGAAGGCCGGAGAAAAAAAAGGAUGGCAAAGGGAUACAAAUUCAAAAAGAACCACUCAAGCGAAUUAUAGCAGCUGUGCCAGAUGAACAUUCGAGGAAACCCAACUUGAAAGAGCUUCUGGAGACUUUGUUCUUCCCUAUGGAUCAAUACAAAGCGCAAGAACAACAACAGCAUUACACUGCUCUAGAAGUCUUCGCCAGGAAUCUGACGGCUGGAUGGUGUGCUUGCGGAAACGACGUGCUUAGAUUUAAUGCUGAUAAGUGGUGGUUUCGACUCUGA